AUGUCUGGGUGGGACACUUCUCCAGCCCCUGCCGCCGCCGAGGAGGGUUUCACGGCUGACUCUGGCUUCCUCCAGGAUCCUGAAAUGCCCACCCAUGAUGGUGAGGGGACGUUCAACGGUAUCUCGGAGGAGAACAUCUCCCGUCACGCCAACGGUGGUGCGGACGACGGUGGCUGCCGCAUUUGUGGCGACACCUCACACUUCGCUCGGGAUUGCGAUCAGCCUCGUCCCGCCAACGACGGCAACUGCUUCAAUUGUGGAGAACCUGGUCACAACAAGGCUGAUUGUACCAAUGCCGCUGUCGAGCGCGAAUUUACCGGCACCUGCAAUGCUUGCGGCGAGGUUGGCCACAGGCGCUCUGCUUGUCCGUCAGCACCAGCUCAGAAGUGCAACGUGUGUAAGGAGGAAGGCCACAUGGCUGCCGACUGCAGCUUCAAUCGCAUGCACGCUCACUACACCGAUAUGGGCAUCAAGGAAGUCACUGCCGAGGAGGCAUGGAGCAUGUUGGAGUCUGCCGACAAGGAGAAAGACAUCUCGGACAUCAAGCACGCCAUGCUCACCUACGCCAAGGCUUACCCAGAUGUCACGUUCGAGGAGCUGGAGCAGGUGUUCCGUGAUGCCGAGAUGAACACCUACCUAAUCGCCAAGCAGCAGGAGGUUGCCUCGACCAUGACCAUCGUCAAUCUUCAGGGUGCCAAGGACCAGGAGUUCACCGUGUCGACCCAGUUCACCAACAAGCCACGCCGUGCUGCAUUUGCUGAAGGCUGGCCAAGCACACCAGAGGAGAACAUGGAGCGUCUAGGCAAGGCUGGUAUUCCGAUGGAUCGGCAUGAGCAGAAGUGCUCGAAUUGCAAUGAGCUUGGCCAUGGCUCAAAGUCGUGUCCCGAGGAGAAGCAGGAGAACAACAAGAUCGUUGUGACGUGCGCCAACUGCUCGGAGGAUGGCCAUAGAGCAAGGGAUUGUAGCGCUCCUCGCAAGACCGGCAAGAAGGGUUGUCGUAACUGUGGAUCUGAGGAGCACAUCGCCAAGGAAUGCCCUGAGCCGCCGAAUCCCGAGAACGUCGAGUGCAAGAAUUGUGGUGUCAUGGGGCAUUUCUCGCGCGACUGUCCGGAUAGACUGCCAGAGACCUGCCACAACUGCCUUGAAGAGGGUCAUAGAAGCAAGGAUUGUAACAACCAGAGGGUCUUCGUCUGUCGCAACUGUGAUCAGCGUGGUCACGUGUCGCGCGACUGUGACAAAGCUACCGACUGGUCGCGCGUGGAGUGCACGAAUUGCAAGGAGAAGGGCCAUUCGUACAAGCGCUGUCCUAACCCUGCUGCUGCACCUGCUGAGGAGGAGACUGCUGGUGGUGCUGGGGGUGAUGACUGGUAG